GGUCCACAUCUGGGCGGGGUCCACAUCUGGGCGGGCUGGGGCGGGGUCCCCGAGCAGUGACUCCGGCGGUGCAGGCGCCCAGCAUCCCACAACCGAGCCGAGCCCCGAGCUGACACCAUGCCCAAGUGCCCCCGCUGCCAGAAGGAGGUCUACUUCGCCGAGAAGGUGACUUCUCUGGGGAAGGACUGGCACCGGCCCUGCUUGAGAUGCGAGAAGUGUAACAAGACCCUGACGUCUGGAGGCCAUGCAGAGCACGACGGCAAGCCGUACUGCAACCACCCCUGCUAUGCCGCCUUGUUCGGACCCAAAGGGUUCGGCCGGGGGGGAGCCGAGAGCCACACGUUCAAGUAAAGCUCAGGUCUGACAGCCAGGGCUCCCAGCACAGCCCGACGACGGCACGAACCCGCCGCAACAGACAUGCCUUUUCGUUCUUCAUUCACUCUGUACUCCAUUAGCACGUCGAAAGCAAUAAGUAACCACGGAUGGGGCUGGUGCGGAGAGGGGCUCCGCUCCGGAGGGAGCGCCGCAGGGGUGGGAGGUUGGACGCUGCCCGUAGGAAAUUUGGCCGGUACCGCUGAAGGCCGCCUGGAGAGGAGACCGCACCCGUCCAGCCAAAACCCAGCCCUGCUUCUGGCAGCCGGCUCUGCAGCCGGGCCACACUUGUAUUUCAGUCUUUAAUAAACCCCGACCGAGAGAUGCUUCCCC